AUGGCUUCUGAGGCUGCUCAGAAUUUCCUCCAGCCACUGUCUUCUUGGAUGUCUCAAGUAUACGAAGCCAUCCAACAAGCAGGAGACUCCAUAUCUGCCUCUCUGCUGAAUUUGAGUGGAGUGGGUCGUAAGCCAGAAGGAGAAAGGACCCAGGACUUGGAGAAUAAUGGAGGCGUUUAUGAGGAUUAUUCUGAGGAAUCAGAUGAUGAACGAGACCUGGACCUUUGGGAUGAGGACUAUUUCUAUCCUAGAGAAGACAGUUACAUCGGAGGCCCUGAUCUUGCGCCACAAAACCUCCCUCACGGCUCUGAAACAGGUCCACAGAGGCAAAACCGGGUUAAAAACACCAGCACCUUGCCAGAGCAGCACGUUGAAAGCAGCAGGACCUUGACAGCCAAUGGAUCCUACUGGAUGAGCGAAGAUCUCCAGCCUGUUGAUCGGCUUCCUCCCAUUGCUGAGGAAGAAGGUGAGCCCUCUUGGAGGAUGGGAGCUCAUGAGCACAGCCUCAGCUUGGGUGGCUCCUUAAACAGUGCUAAUGGCACCGCACACUGUACAGAUCUGGAUGGACUAAGCCAACUGAGUUGCCAGCAAGACAACCUCUCCUGUCGUGAAGAUGACCAUGUAUCUGUUGAUUCAAGAACAACAAUCAGGAGUAGGGGCACUGGGCAGCACAAAGGGCCCAGGAUGGAGCACAGAAUUGGGGAUGGUGUCAGCCAGUCACACAGGGAAGGACGUCUGGAAACGGAGACAGCAUUUGCCAACCAGGAAUUGGAAGUAAACGAUGCUACUGACAGCUCAUCAGCUUGGAGCCCUGAGGAACACAAUGAAGUGAACAGUGUGCCAGCUCAUCAUUGUGCCCACGAGCCCAUCUGCAAAUGUGGUGACCUGGAUGUCAUCUUCACUUAUAAACCCUCAAGCCAAAAGCUGAUAGCCACUGUCCUGGAGGCCAGGGACAUCCCAGACAAGGACCGCAGUGGUGUGAACACCUGGCAGGUGCACGCGGUUCUGAUGCCAGGCAAGAAGCAGAGGGGUAAGACGAGUGUGCAGAGAGGACCCAUCCCCAUCUUCCAGGACAAAAUCACCUUCAGCAAGCUGGAACCACAGGAGCUGAGCAGCCACGCCGUUCGCUUCCGCCUCUACGCCGUGCACAAGGUGGUUGGGGAGAAGAUGAUGGGAGAGCAGUUGUUCCACCUGAGAGGCAUCAGCCAGGAAGGGGAAGUGAAGGUGACACUGCUCUUGGAGCCACGGAGUAACCUGAGUAGUGCAGAUUCUCAGCUGAGUCUGUCAGCAAUCUCUCACAGUGAUAGCGCUUCCUCAACACAGUCCCUGUCGCAUGGAGGGGUGCCAGAGCUGCUCGUGGGACUGUCAUACAAUGCCACUACAGGGAGGCUGUCAGUGGAGAUGAUCAAAGGCAGCCAUUUCCGAAACCUUGCAAUUAAUAGGCCACCUGACACCUACGGAAAGCUCUGCCUGCGCAACUCUGUGGGUCAGGAGAUGUCUCGCUGCAAGACCUCCAUCCGCCGGGGACAGCCCAACCCUGUCUACAAGGAAACUUUCAUCUUCCAGGUCGCCCUCUUCCAGCUCUCUGACGUCACCCUGCUGAUCUCCAUCUACAACAGGCGCAGCAUGAAGCGCAAGGAGAUGGUCGGCUGGAUCUCCAUGGGCCAGAACAGCAGCGGGGAGGAGGAGCAGAGCCACUGGCAGGAAAUGAGGGAGUCGCAGGGGACACAGGUCUGCAGGUGGCACAUGCUGCUGGAGUCCUAG